AUGUAUUCGAAUAUCGCUGGUAUUGAUCUUGGAACCUCGAAUUCGUGCGUUUCCAUCUACAAGAAUGGAAAUAUUGAGGUUGUCGCAGCAAGAUCUGGAGAACAUGUCUUCCCCUCCGUUGUUUCUUACAGAGACAGUGGAAUUACGUUCGGGAAGGAUGCAAAAAGUCAGAUUUCUAUGUACCCUAAACAAACUGUUUUUGAAAUCAAGCGACUUAUUGGGCAUAAAUUCUCUGAUAAAUGUGUACAAGAAGAUAUAAAGAGCUGGCCUUUUGAGGUUGUUCCCAAUGAAGAUGAUCGUCCGCAAAUCAAAAUCAAAUACGCUGGUGAAGACCAUUACCUGUCUCCAGAGCAGGUGAGUGGUUUCCUCAUAUCGAAGUUGGUUGAAGAGGCAGAACGAGUUUCUGGAACCCGAAUUACCGAUAUUGUGGUUACGGUGCCUGCCUACUUUAAUGAUAGUCAGCGCCGCGCGACUGCUGAUGCUGCUCGUGCUGCAGGUGUCAAUGUGUUGGGAAUCUUGAACGAGCCCACUGCUGCCGCUAUCGCUUAUGGAGUGAGGAAUGAAGAAAAGGAUAAAACGAUUCUUGUCUACGAUCUGGGAGGCGGUACGUUUGAUGUCACCAUUUUGGAUAUUCGAGAAAACGAAUACAACGUGGUUGCGACGGACGGAGAUACCCACUUGGGUGGAGUGGAUCUCGACCAGAUCUUAGAGAAAAUGAUCUAUGACAUUGCCAGCCCUUCCUGCGAUCCUGAAAUUGAAUGGGAAACCCAGAAGAGUCGAGCGAUCCUGCGAAGAACAGCGGAGGAUGUCAAGAUCCAGCUGUCCACCACGGACAGCGUGGAGUUCACCAUUUUUGAUGAGACUUUUAUCAUCUAUCGAACCGAAUUCGAGCGAAAUGCGUCUCAGUUCUUUGCGAAAACGAUGACGAUCGUCGAUCAGAUUCUGGCCAACACGGGCAAGCGAUAUGAGGAUAUCGAUGAUGUGGUGCUUGUGGGAGGAUCGAGUCGGAUUCCCUACAUCAAGACGAUGCUGGGAGCCAAGUUCGGAGAGGAGAAGGUCUCCUACCGAAUCAAUCCGGACGAGGCUGUGAGUAUGGGUGCGCUGACGCGAGCGAUCCAGCUGUAUCGUCAGAACAAUUCCAACAUCGAUACGCCCGUCGAAGGAGGAGACGAUGAGUCGGGAAUGAACCUGGUGGCGGCUCCUCAUCCAGGAGACGGCGGAGACGGAGAUGAUGCGUACGAUUUGGGAGCUGGCGAUGACGAUUUUGCAUUCGAUUCGCUGGAUAUUAAUGAUGUGGUUCCUCUCUCACUGGGACUCAAGAACUCGCAAGGAGUCAUGUCCGUUCUGAUUCCUCGCUUCUCGCACUUCGGCGAGUCCUUCACUCGCAGCUUCGUGACGAACAAAAACAACCAGGAAUCGAUGAAAGUCCGCGUCUAUCAGGGCGAGCGACCCAUGGCGGAAGACAAUCUCGAGAUUGGCUCGUUCCGCUUGAGAGGCAUUCCUCCAAUGCCCCGAGGCCAGGCGUGCGUGGAUAUCACCUUCACGACGGAUCACGACGGCAUCUUGACGGUGUCCGCUGUGGUCUGCCAGGUCGAUGAGUACGGAGAGAUCUUGACUGGCCCGGAUGGAGAGCAUUUGACGAUUCCGGGAACCGAGUUGAGGACUACCUUCGAGAAUAAAUCGACGAAUCUGAACGAAUAUGAGGUGGAGAAGAUAAUGAAGCAAGUGCAGGAAAUGAAGGAGUAUGAUGCGAAAAAGCGCCGAAUUGCGGAGCAGAAGAAUAAAAUCCAGGAACGGUCGUUUGUUCUGGAGGAAAUCGUUAUGAAGAACGGAGGUAGCAUCGAUCCGGAGAAUUUGGAGAAGGUGAAUACUCUGCUGAGAGAUGUGAAGCGACUGAUGAGAAAUAACACUAUCGAGGAGGACGAGUUGCAAAGCUAUUUUGAUUUGAUAGGACAGUGGAUUGAAUCGCUGGAUGGUAAUUGAUUUCUGUAUUUCAAUC